AUGGGUAAGAAAAGGAAACUGACAUCAAAAGAUGAUGAACACGAGUAUGAUCCUGUACCAAAACAUUUAGUUACUUCACAUAUCAAAAAGCAAGAAAAGCGACUCAUAGUUAUUCUAGAAAAUGCGCAAUUAGAAACUGUCAAGAAAGGAAAUAGUUUUGAACUAUUAAACUGUGAUGAUCAUGCUUUGAUUCUACGAAAAAAUGAUAGAGACCCCGGUACUUGUCGGCCAGACAUCACACAUCAAUCUUUACUUAUGUUGAUGGACUCUCCUCUGAACCGAGCAGGACUUUUGCAAGUAUACAUUCAUACGGAAAAAAAUGUCCUCAUAGAAAUUAAUCCUCAAACAAGAAUACCAAGAACAUAUAAAAGAUUUGCUGGAUUAAUGGUUCAGCUUCUUCACAAGUUCGCAAUAAGAGCAUCAGAUGGCCCAAUGAAACUGUUAAAAGUAAUAAAAAACCCAGUCACUUCACACUUACCAGUUGGUGCAAGAAAAGUGACAAUGUCAUUUAGUUCUAAAGUUGUGAAGAACUGUAGAGAGUUAGUGCCAAAAGAUGAACCAAUUGUUAUAAUCAUUGGUGCUAUGGCACAUGGCAAAGUGGAAGUAGAUUAUUCAGAAGAUGUAAUAUCAAUUAGUAACUAUCCAUUGUCAGCUGCACUAACUUGUGCUAAAUUAUGUACUGCUUUUGAAGAAGUUUGGGAGAUUUUGUAA